GUUUGGUUUACUAAACUGAUUUCGUUCAUGUGGUUUUGAUUAGUAAGCCAGAAGGAAAGCCUGAAUCGCGCUGUCAAGCGGGAUGAUAACCUGCACUGCACUGCAGUCUGCAGCAAGUGGGCAGGCGAUCGCACCCACCCACCCGUGGAGUUAUUUGUGAUUAUAAUCAUUUCGUCGGGCGGCUUCGCCUCUUUGGUAUCCCGCAGCCCGUCAUCGCCAGAUUGGUAUUGCUGUCGUACACCACUCGCUGAAUUGGGUUCGUUUUCAUACUGCUGACUAAUUUACCAUUCCUUUUCCCCCUACGCGUUCAUCUACCUACGCGCUCAUCUACCGCAACAUGGCCAUCCUCGGCGUGGAGGGCUUCUCGGCGCUGCCCAGGCACUGCAUGCAGCUGUGCGCGGGGUUCUUCGCGUUCGCGGUGCUGGCGAACCUGGCGCGGGACCUGCUGCCGCGCCGGCUCGCGCGGCUCGUGCCGCUGCCCAUGGCCAUGGCCGUGCCGUUCCUCGUGGGCGCCAGCUUCGCCGUCGACAUGUGCGUGGGGAGCCUCGUGGUGUUCGCGUGGCACAGGCUCGACGGCAAGAAGGCCGCGCUGCUGGUGCCGGCCGUCGCCUCGGGGCUCAUCUGCGGCGACGGGAUCUGGACGUUCCCGUCGUCGCUGCUCGCGCUGGCCAAGGUCAAGCCGCCCAUCUGCAUGAAGUUCACGCCAGGGAGCUAGAGAGCACGGUGACGAUGCGUACAGAACAGAGGGCAUCGUUCGUCGUUUGUGGGGUGGAAUCCGUGUAGUAGAAUUACAUACCAAUCAGGCCUGUUCUAAUGUCCAUAUGAGCUUAAUGUACGGUGUAUAUAUGUAAAACGGAAAUCUGAAGGAUGACAGGAUGAAUUGCCUGUUGUCUAGUAGCACGCAUAUUAUUAUUAUAGCAGAGCAUUAAUAAAACUCUUUUAUCUUGCACAAAGUGUUACUGCAAUUCCCCAACGCUGUUCAGUAGAUCCUAGUGCGCUCAUCUC